UCUACUGGAGGACAGGCGUUGUUCUUCACACAAGAGGACUGAGCCGGGUCCAGUACGUCAGGUCCUGUUCAGAUAGACUCAGAGCUUAAAUACAGGCCCGCUAUGAGCCAGUGAGAUCACACAUCAGAGAGAACUGAUCAUCUUUAAUCACUAUGACGACGCAGCGCUCUUGAUCAGCAUCAGCAUCAACCGCAUCAUCCGCCCUGCUCAGGUGCGCCGCAUCCAGUGGAGAGGAUGGACUUCAAAGAGCUGGUGGACACCGCGCAGAAAUGGUGCUCUGGAAACCCGUUCGAUCUGAUUUUCGCCGAGGACAUGGACGAGAGGCGCCUGGACUUCUACGCCGAGCCCGGUGUGUCGUUCUACGUGCUCUGCCCGGACAAUCUCACCGGAGGAACCGAGAAUUUUCAUGUGUGGAGUGAGAGCGAGGACUGUCUGCCGUUUCUGCAGUUAGCACAGGACUACAUCUCGUCCUGCGGGAAGAAAACACUGCUGGAGGUGCUGGAUAAAGUCUUCAGAUCCUUCAGGCCUCUCUUGGGUCUUCCAGAUAUUGAUGAUGACACAUUCGACCAGUAUCAUGCAGAUGUGGAGGAGGAACCAGAGCCAGACCACCAGCAGAUGGGUGUGAGCCAGCAAUAAUGCCCAGCAGAGAGGCUCCGCACUGGGCCACAGUCUCUACUUCAGCCCCCUCUCUCUGAACCUUGUUUACCUGGCUUCUCUUCUUAUAUACACACAGGCACACACACACACACACACACACACACACACACACACACACACACACACACACACACACACACACACACACACACACACACACACACACACACACAC